ACGUCAUAUUUGAUUUGACGAAAGAGCCAAGAGGAAGCCUUUGUUUUGUACUCAGUGAAUUAGAUUUAUAUUGAGGAGAAAAUAUAUUCCAUAUAAUUUAUUGACACGUUGUGUUGUUGUUUAAAAUAAAGUAAGAUAUCAAUCUGGAAUUAAUUGUUUAGUUCUAUUGUGUUAUUAUUGACUUCUUAGUGUUUUCGUUAAAGAUUCAAGAUGACAUCAGGACCUUACAACUACUCUUAUAUAUUUAAAUAUAUUAUCAUUGGCGAUAUGGGAGUUGGGAAAUCAUGUCUUUUGCACCAAUUCACGGACAAGAAAUUCAUGGCCGAUUGUCCGCAUACAAUCGGUGUAGAAUUCGGAACCCGCAUUAUUGAGGUUGCUGGACAAAAAAUCAAACUGCAGAUAUGGGACACAGCAGGACAAGAAAGAUUUAGGGCCGUAACUCGGUCAUACUACAGAGGGGCAGCUGGAGCCCUUAUGGUAUAUGACAUAACCAGAAGAUCCACUUACAAUCAUCUUAGUAGCUGGCUUACAGACACACGAAACUUAACUAACCCCAGCACUGUGAUAUUCUUAAUUGGUAACAAAUCAGAUUUGGAUGGACAAAGAGAUGUAACAUACGAAGAAGCAAAGCAAUUUGCCGACGAAAAUGGGCUUAUGUUUGUUGAGGCUAGUGCCAAGACUGGUCAAAAUGUGGAGGAAGCCUUUCUUGAAACGGCUAAGAAAAUAUAUCAGAGCAUUCAAGACGGGCGACUCGACUUGAACGCAGCAGAGUCGGGAGUGCAGCACAAGCCGGCGUCGCCGGGCCGCCCGCUGGCUGCACCGCCGGCCGCGCGCGACAACUGCGCCUGCUAACCGAUCUCGCGAUACUAUAUACAUACAUAUACAGAAAUCAUACUUAAUGGUUAAGAAUUAUUAUCCUAGUAAUAAAUUUAAUUGUCAUA